AUGGCCACAGCGGCCGUGGCCCAGCCCAUCAGAGAGGUUGGCUCGGCGGCUGCCGAGCAGGAGCGGGCUGUCUAUAUUGAUGACGAGGUGCCUCCGGGGUUGAUCGGAGACAGGGAUGACUCGUCACAGAGGUCUCCCAGCUUGGAGUCUGUUCGGGACAAAGCUCCAAAGGAGGUGGCGACUGACGUUGCUGGAGGGACGAUGGCCGUUCCUGCGCAGUACGACUACGUCGUUCAGGCAGAGGAAGCGCCCUUGCUGGAUCAACCACAGGUCUCUAGCCCCCAGGAGAAUAAGAAGGCUGCACAGGAACUUCCGCCGGGCGCCGUGGGGGCACCGUUCGUGGCCGAUGAGAUUGAAGAUGCUUCCCCACCGUCUCCAGGAGACAGCCCUGAAGCGAUCCCUGCGCGCUCUCCCGCCUCUCCAAGCAAAACCUCAUUCCAUCAGUGGGAAGAGGCAGAUGUCUCCUUGCUCAGCGGCAGCAAGCAGGUGGUCCGCGUAUUCUGCGGAGUUUGGAACCUCCACGGGAAGAAGGCCCCGGCAAGCUUAAAUCAAUGGGUGCCGACAUCUCCAAGGCAUCACAUCUAUGUCGUUGGCACCUGCGAGUGCGAACGAACAAUAGAGAAAUCGCUUAUAUGGUCCAGCAAGGCGAGAUGGGAGCGCCAAAUGUGCGAACACCUCGGUGAGGACUUUCGCAUGAUCGGGUCGCACAAUAUGAGUGCUGUCCAUGUCAUGGUUUUCAUUCACCGGUCGCUCUGGAGAUAUUGCUGGGAACCACGGACCUGUCAGGUCGCGACGGGCUUUGCCAACCUCGUGGGAAAUAAGGGCGGCACGCAGGUAGCCUUCCACGUGGGGAACACCACCAUGCUUUUUGUGAAUGCCCACCUCGCAGCGCAUGCCAACAAGAUGAAGGAGCGUACGCAGAAUCUGCAACGCAUCCUGACAGACUCGCCGCUGAGAAAGCGGAAGGAUUCGAGCGGCGUCCACGAGGAAUACGACCGCGUGUUCGUGAUGGGCGAUCUCAACACGCGGGUGGAUGCCAGCAGAGCUCAAGUGGACGAGUGGAUCACAGAGAAGCAGUUCGACAAGUGCCUGGCAAAGGACCAGCUGUUGCCUCUUUUGAGGGGCAAUCCAGGCAGCAACUCUGUCGGAUUCUGGCCAGAGUUUGAGGAGGCAGCGAUUAACUUUCCACCUACUUACAAGUUCGACAAGCACUCGGAUAUCUACGAUUCUUCCAAGAAGCAGCGGGUACCGAGUUGGACGGACCGGAUUUUGUGGCGUCGUGAUCCACACAUCAAGUCUCUGGCUUAUGACUCCGUACCUUGUCUGCAAUGCUCGGACCACCGUCCCGUGUUCGCCCAGUUCGAGGUGAUGGUGGACGUUGAAGACUGGUCAGGGCCACCUGCGCCAGACCCAAGCAGGAAGAGCUCCGUGUGCUGUGUGCAAUGA